UAACUAAAAUGGCGUACAACGUGGCGCACAACGGAAUUAGAUGAAAUAUAAGUUCUUGUAAUUGUAUAAUAUUGUUUAUAACAUAAAACCACUUGAAUUAAACUGGAAAUCCUUUUCCAGACUAUCCUGUUUCAUUGAAUAAACUACACAGCCUCAGUCCAUACGAUACACAUGUUUCUAUAACAUGGAAAAAUUCUUAGUUUUCCCGCGCGUAUUUCGAUACUCGUCGAACUGUUCUAUGACUUUUUUUGGCACCGUUUGUGUCAUAUUUUAUAUUUAUAGCAAUAGCACGUAUCGCAAAUAGAUAGUUUUAAACAACGUGUAAUUACGUAAGUCAUAGUUAUACUCUCCCAUUCUGAAUUCUGUGGAAAUGAAUCUGACUUCUGAUUGGCAAAUCAAUAAAGAAAAACUUCUGGAUCGUAGUCGAUACUUAUUAGAAACAGGAAAAUGGGCCGACUGCCGAUUUGUAGUUGGGCAGGUAUCUCACCAACAAAUAUUGAAAGGACAUAAACUACUAUUGGCAAUGUCUAGUCCUGUCUUUGAAGCAAUGUUCUUUGGAAAUUUGGCAGAAAAAAAUGACCUAAUACCUAUUCGGGAUGUUCAACCAGAAGCUUUUAAAGCUCUUUUGGAAUAUAUAUAUACAGAUGGAGUUGACCUAAGUUCCUUCGAACUGGCUUGUGAACUAUGUUAUUGUGCCAAAAAAUAUAUGCUUCCAGCUUUGGUGAAAGAAUGUACAAGGUAUCUAUGGUCUGAUGUAUCUCCAGAGAAGGCUUGUAGAGCUUACGAAUUUGCUAAAUUAUUUGAAGAGCCCGUCUUGAUGGAAAAGUGUCUCCAAAUUAUUUGCACAAAAACGGCUCAAGUUUUAGAAGAACCUAGUUGGGAAGAAGUUGAAUUAGGAACACUGUUGACAGUGUUGGAUCAAGAGGAGUUACAAAUAAAUUCUGAAAUUGAUCUAUUUAUGGCAGUGGAACGUUGGGCAAAAGCUGAAUGUACAAGGAAGUCUCUUGACCCUAGUGACGGAAAAUCUUUAAAGUCAGUGAUUGGCAAUGCAUUAUCAAAGAUUAGAUUUUUAAAUUUAAGUCAUAAAGAAUUCGCAGAAGGGCUAGGGGCGUCUCUGUUACUCACACAAGAUGAAGCUUUUGCUAUUCUUAUGAACAUAAUCUGUACUAGUAACAGCAAAACACCUAUGCCUAAAGAAUUUUCAACCAAUACUCAGAGAAGAGCUAAAUUAUUAACACCUUCAGCAAAAUUUAGACAAUGUGGUCCACAUUGUCCAUCCUUGUUACCCCUUAAUUAUGAACAAUCUACUGUUAACAUUAAUGAAUGUAGUGGUACAUCAGGAAAUGUAUCGAACGAAAAUGAUAUUGAAAUGCAAAAUGAAGUGAUAAAUGAUAUAAUGACAUAUAUAAUGGGCAAAUAUUUGUGCCAAGGCCCGAUAUAUUACUGUCUAAGAUCCAUACAUUUAGUAUCGGAAUGCCUUAAUACGGAUGAACUAGAUAGUUCUUUAACUUUUAGUGUGGAUAGAAACAUUUAUGUUUUGGGAAUACAAAUACCCACACAAAUUGCUAAAACUUUCAAUAAUAUGGAUCAUGCUACUGAGACUGGCAUCACAUAUGCGGAAAACUUGUACGCUCAACUUUUAGAUUCUGAUAAUACUCGAUUAACGUGCAUACAUUUUACUAUGAAAUUAAAUAUACUAAGUCUCGCAGAAGUUAUGUUCGAUCGACCUAUUUUUAUCCAAAAGAAUAAGGUUUAUCGAAUUGCUGUAGUUUUUAAUAAAGUCGGAUGGUAUCCAAUAGGGCACUGUAGCAAAAUUAUGUACUAUGAUUCUGUUUGUUUCCGUUUUAAUGUUGGUGUUGAAGAUGAUAUACGAGAUGGACUCAUUCGAUCUAUAAUUUUUACGCAUAAUAAGAUUCUAAGUACCGGAGCUAAAUGUUAGAAGUAGAAAUUGUACAAAUGCGUAUUAAUUGGUUGUGCGUGGUUGCAAUCUUAUCCAAAUUUAUACAAAACAGAUCUUUUACUCUGUAUAGAAAUAUAUGUUAACGUUUGUUGCAUAAACAAGUCUGAAUUUUACAAUUAAAUGUUUUACCUGAGUUACACAAAA